AUUGUUACAUUUCCACCCCCCUCUCACUCUCUCUCUCUCUCUCUCUUCUAUAUAACUCCCUUCCCCUCUUCAAAGACUACUCCAUCUUCUUCUUCUUCUUCUUCUCUGAGAAAAUCCAGAAGAUUCUCUAGAUUUUUGGCUUGCCUUUCGUCUUUCUCUGAACUGGGUUUCUGAAGAAGACCGCCAGUUUCGAUGACGGUUGAGAGGGAAGAUCUGGACUUGAGUCUGAGCUUGAGCUUUACGGCGGCGGAGAACCGGAGUUCUCUGCAGUUGAAUCUCAUGCCUUCUCUCGUCGUCUCUUCUUCUCCCCCCGUGGCCGCUUUCUCUCCCCACAAGAUCUCCUGGACUACCGGUCCCUUCCCUGCUUCUCCUUCCGAUCGAAACUCGGAGCCGUUCAAAGCAUCGGAGCCCACCCGGUCGUUCCUGAAAGGAAUCGAUGUCAACCGGCUCCCGUCGUCGGCCGACUGCGACGACGAAGCCGGAGUAUCUUCACCAAACAGCACUAUCUCGAGCCUGAGCGGGAAGAGAAGCGAGAGGGAGCCCACCGGCGACGGCGACGACAACGACAACGACGCCGAGAGGGCUUGCUCUCGCGGCAUCAGCGACGAGGAAGACGGCGAUAACUCCCGGAAGAAGCUCCGCCUCUCCAAAGACCAGUCCGCUAUUCUCGAAGAAAGCUUCAAAGAACAUAAUACUCUCAACCCGAAGCAAAAGCUGGCUCUGGCGAAGCGGCUUGGUCUGAGGCCCCGGCAGGUGGAGGUGUGGUUCCAGAACCGGAGGGCAAGGACGAAGUUGAAGCAGACGGAGGUGGACUGCGAAUUUCUGCGGCGGCUCUGCGAGAACCUGACGGAGGAGAACCGGCGACUGCAGAAGGAAGUUCAGGAGCUCAGGGCCCUGAAACUGUCCCCACAGCUGUACAUGCAGAUGACCCCACCCACCACCCUCACCAUGUGCCCCUCGUGUGAGCGCGUCGCCGUCCCACCCUCCUCCGCCCACGCGCCGACGCCGCCGCAUGUCCCCCUCGAGCACCCCCACCACCACCACCACCGCCCCAUGCCCAUCAACCCAUGGGCCGCCUUGCCGCAGAGGCCGUUCGAUCUGGGCGGCCUAGACCGGAAAAGUCUCCUGGGGCCGAGGGCAUAAUGGGGAAUUAUCGUCCUAGGAUACCGUCGGGAAAAAGAAGUGUAGAAAUUGGACACUGAUUCCAUGUGUGUCUGAGAUAUGGAUAUAGUUGUUGGGAAUGUGAUUUGGUGGGUCUCAAUAUGUUUUGUUUUAUUGGCCCAUCCUCAAGUCUUCAACCUUUGAUGACCAUUUAGUUUAGUUUAGUUUCUUUAUUACUAAUUCUUCUUCUACCCUCUUCUCCAAAGGAAAAAGAACCCAAGUACCUGAAAACUUUUGAUGUUAAUGUAAAGUGCUUUAGAUCUGCCUAAUUGUUAAAUUCAAAGACUUAUAUUAGUUUGACUCAA